CGCAGUUGGCCACACUUAGAGGGGUCCCAGGGUCCUCCAGCUGGGUAGUGGGCGGCGCGAACGAGAGGCCUGGGACUUUUAGAUCCAUCCCUUCCGUUAUCUCCAUCGGCUAACCCCUCUUUCCAAAGACCCCGGUUAAGUCCAGAUUUCAUCCAGUGCAAGCAAAAACAGGAUGCUUGCUAUGCACAUCUGUCUUCUAGACAAAUCCCAUAGUCUUACCCUUAGUCAAAAACUCUAUUAUAUAGAAAGUCAGAAGCUGCCGCUGCAGCCCUCAAAAGUGACAGAAGAAGUUUUCUCUAGUUUCUGCAAAAAGUGGAGCGGUGGUUCUCGAACUCGAAUAGAUUUUUGCUGUGAGAAUUAAUAGCAACCUUUCAGUAUGGGGGAUAUUCUGGCUCACGAAUCCGAAUUACUUGGACUAGUGAAAGAGUAUUUAGAUUUUGCCGAGUUCGAAGACACCUUGAAAACAUUUUCAAAAGAAUGCAAAAUAAAAGGCAAACCAUUAUCUAAAACAGCAGGUGGCUCUUUAAGGGACUCCAAAUCGUUGGUAAUCCAGAGGGACCUCAUCGCUGCGUUUGACAGUGGAGACCAGAAGGCGUUCUUCGCUUCAUGGGAGGAGCACGUCCCCAGCUCCCUCCGAGAUGGCGACACCCUGGCCCGGAAGCUGGAGUUCUAUCUUCACAUCCACUUUGCCAUCUACCUCCUGAAGCACUCCGUGGGGAGGCCUGACAAAGAGGACCUGGAUGAAAGGAUUUCUUAUUUCAAAACCUACCUGGAGACCAAAGGGGCAGCGCUGAGCCAGACCACUGAGUUCCUCCCUUUCUAUGCCCUGCCCUUCGUUCCCAACCCCAGGGCCCACCCGUCCUUUAAAGAGCUCUUCCAGGAUUCUUGGACUCCAGAUUUAAAGUCGAAGUUGGAAAAGUUCCUGGCUUUAGUUUUUAAAGCCGGCGACACACCAAAGCUUUUAACGUUGUAUAAGGAGAAUGGACAGAGUCACAAAGAAACGUUGCAGCAGCUCCACCAGCAGCUGGUAGAAGCUGAGCGCAGGUCGAUGACUUACCUGAAACGGUACAAUAAGAUCCAGGCGGACUACCACAACCUCAUCGGGGUCACGGCAGAGCUGGUGGAUUCCCUGGAGGCCACGGUCAGCGGCAAGAUGGCUUCGACCAUGUUAAGAGCCUCCUUGGUGCCCGUGAAAUCGAAGGAUGUCCCGUUACUGCCCUCCUUGGAUUAUGAGAAACUGAAGAAGGAUCUGAUUUGGGGGAGCGACCGCUUGAAAGCCUUCCUGUUGCAGGCUCUGCGCUGGCGCUUGACCACCUCCCAUCCUGGCGAGCAGAGGGAGACCGUUCUGCAGGCCUACGUCAGCAACGACCUCUUGGACUGUCACAGCCACAGCCAGAGGAGCGUGCUCCAGCUGCUGCACUCCAGGAGCGAGGUGGUGCGGCAGUACAUGGCCAGGCUCGUCAACGCUUUCGCGUCCCUGGCGGGAGGUCGCCUGUACGUCGCCCAGAGCACGAAGCUGCUGCGCGUGCUGGAGGAACGGCUGCGGGAGGAGGACAAGGACACGGCCACCCGGGAGAACGUCCUCGGGGCCUUGCAGAAGCUCAGUCUCAGGCGUCCGCUGCAGACAGCCAUGAUUCAAGACGGCCUCAUCUUCUGGCUGGUCGAUAUUCUGAAAGACCCCGACUGCCUGUCUGACUACACGCUGGAGUACUCGGCGGCUUUGCUCAUGAACCUCUGCCUCCGGAGUGCAGGGAAGAACGUGUGUGCCAAGGCAGCCGGCCUCGUGCUGAAGGUCCUUUCAGAUCUGCUGGGCCAUGAAAACCAUGAGAUACAGCCGUACGUGAACGGAGCGCUGUACAGCAUCCUCUCCAUCCCAUCCAUCCGUGAGGAGGCGAGAGCAAUGGGAAUGGAAGACAUCCUUCGCUGCUUCAUCAAAGAAGGCAACGCCGAAACAGUCCGCCAGAUUGAAUUUAUCAUCAAGCAGCUGAAUUCAGAAGAGCUACCGGAUGGUGUUCUUGAAUCUGACGAUGAUGAAGACGAAGAUGAUGAAGAGGACCACGACACUAUGGAAGCUGACCUGGACAAAGACGAACUGAUCCAGCCCCAGCUCGGCGAACUCUCGGGAGAGAAGCUUCUGACCACGGAGUACCUGGGAAUCAUGACCAACACGGGCAAGACGAGGCGGAAGGGGCCGGGCAGCGUGCAGUGGAGUGGCGCCGAGCCCCUGCGCCGGCCUGUCACCCCUGGCGGCCACAGGAAUGGGUACCCAGUCGUCUCCCGGAGCAGCAGGCUCUUUGUUGGGAUGGAGUCUCACAGCCUGGAAGACCAUCCCGUUUCUCCCCAGACGGCCCGACGUGCAGGAAACAGCUGCGGCCCGUCCCUGCCCCAUGCCCACCUUUCAGGCUGCAAGCGGGGCGAGCCUGGCGCUUCUGAGCCUUGCGCCCCGUCUUCCUGUAGGAGCAGCAGCAGCAGCGUGCGGGGCAGCUCCUGGUCUGCUGAUGCCUAGAAUCCAGAAAGGCCUGGCUCCCACCUGCUCGGGGGGAAACCCCUGAGCUCGGCCACUGCCCCGCGACCUGGAGCCGCCGCCCCCCGACCCUGACGCGGCCAGACCUGACCCCUGCUCGCAGAGCUCCGAGUCCACUGCUCACGUCUGCAAGCUCUUUGGGCAAGAUUUCUGACUGGGCAAAGCCAUGUUUCCUGUGAGAUUUCAGAGUAGGAAUCUCAAAACGAUUUAGAUCUGUGACCACGGUUUGGUACCCGGCCCUCGGUGCUGAGGGGGGCCGGCCGCUUGUCAGGUGUGCAACGAGGAGCAGAAACUACUGUGGGGGUCUUUUCCAAACGCAUUUUGAAGCAUCUCAUUGACUUCACGAGAGACCGAUGGGGGAUGAAAGUAUUUUUCGGAUGCCAGAAAAAAUAUGUAUGCCUUGCAUCAGAAAUGUACAAAGUGGUUUUUUUUUUUUUUUUUUUUUUUUAAUUUUCAAGAGGAAAUUAAAAGGAUAUGAGCAGGCCAGAUAAGACUCUAAUCUCCAUUCAAAUAGGAAAAAUAACAGAGGAGCAGGUCAGAUGGCCGUAUGAAAAACAUCUGAGAACUUCACCGUCCGCUCACAAUUGGAUCCAAAAGCACCUAAACCCGGUUGGGAGCAUCAGGCCUGUCGGUCACAGAGCGGGAGGAAAGCCAGGCUGCUCGGGACUCGGGGGGAGGGUGACUCGAUGGGGAGCAGUUUUAGGGGUUCUGCCGACUUCGAUCGUCUGUUAUUUCACACGUGUCUUGUUGGACAUUAACACUCGUUCACCGAAAGGUGAUUAGUUCAACGUAUGCAAAGCUGUCUGCUGCCAGGCAGAGGGUUUAGGUGGUCUCUCGGUUCUUGCCAGUUUGACCAAAUGCCAUUGAGUUAACACAUGGUUUCAAGUUCUGUAGGCCUGGACCUCCCAAGAGUUGCAUUUAGGGCAACUUCCGUGACAUCCUAGUUUAACCAAAAUGACCACCAGGGCGGCCCUCUGUCUUGCACCGAUUUUAAGGAUGAGCCUGUCUUUCGGGAAGAUUGAUCAUGCUCUUCUCUGCCAGGUGGAGGCUUUCGAAGGGUCAUGGAUAGAGAGGGCUGAGCAGCCGCCGAUGUUCUUGCUGGCGAUGUCGACGUUAUUUUCAAGAACGAGCGAUUUUAGCCCCGACGAAGUCAAGGCCCUGCCGGACUCUGGGUCCUCAAACGUAGAUAGUGGGCACCCAGCAGGGACGCAGCCUGAUGGCCACCAGCAGUUCCCAGUGCCUGUCAUGGGGGUGGUGGCAGCUGCUCAGUGGCCCCUCCAGGGGGGCGACCUGGGCCAGAGCAGCUGCUCUUCCCACGUCGUAUUGUUGGUGCACCCCCUUGGCCUGCUCUGAACGCUGAGACCAUAUCCUGUGUCCCGUCCGCCUGCCUGCUCCUGUCUGCUCAGGCCUGGCUGGGACCCAAGACACCUCCGCUGCCCAUCGACCCCCUCCCUCCCCAGCCCUCUGCAGAACACUAACCACCAGCCCGCCCUCACUCCACCUGCUAGAGACCGGGCAGAUAACCUCUCUCCCUGCACCCUGCCAGGCCGGCCGUCAGCCUCAGGUCAGCCCCUUAGUUCUCCCUUAAAAUCCUUUUACUUAACAGAAGGUCUCCCCCUGGAGAAGCCAAGGCCCCGGGUUAACGGCUUGUCUAGGUCACUUCAUGAGCAUCGAUCCCACUUCUGGUGUAGACUCUGUUCUUCCUUCUACCCUCUUUCAGCCACCCCAGGACCGAUGGCCCUGGGCCAGCGUCGGCUCCCCCGGCUGCUGGCUCCGCCGCCGUCUCCCCCUCUUCUUACGCAGCCUCUGCGUGAGGAUGGGCAGCAAACGGGCCUCGGCCCGGGUGCUUGGAAUGCUGUGUGGAGACUGGUUCUGAGGCCGCGUCUGGGCUCAGCCGACAUUAGUGCCGUGGCUCGUGAGCAAGGAGAGGCGGAGGGCAGCGGCGGGCCGGGCGGCCAUCCCGAUCUUCACUGUCUUCUCCCGGGCAGGAGCCUGGUCUGACUUUUCUUGACCCUUCCGCCCGUGCGGUGCUGCUUCCUCAGGCCUCUCCUCCACUCCCAUGCUCCUGCUCACCUUGCCCCCCCAUUUCAUCCUGACCCCACCCUGUGCUCCCCACGGGUUCCCUCACACCCCCAGGGCUUGCUGCUGAGUCUGGCUUUCUGGCCUUCACUCGGGCUGGGGGUCGGCGCCUCACCUCGAGACCCCGUGGGAACCCAGCACCGUGACCCGCACAGCACGUUUAUUCAGGAGGCCACCUCCACACCUGUGCAUUCAGUCAACACUAAGGGUAAAACUCAGGAUGGGAAACCUGUGGGAUCUUCAAACUGUCUGGUCAGUUGAAAGCAGAACCAGAAAAGUACAUUCUUUUUCAGCACAGGACUCAGCCCCGCGGUGCCAAAAGGAAAUCGUUCCCGGGGGGGGGGGAAAGCCAAGAAUGUGACUUAGAAUUUUGCAAGACGUUGGCCUGAGGAAAGUUAUUCUCAUUUCCCCAUCGAUCAAGACUCUCUUGGAUAUCAAAAUCACAUGCCUCGUCCGUGGACCUUGGAGUUAAAAUGCCCAGCUGUGUCUGAAAUGAAUUAACAGAUCGGAAAAACAGGAGUUUGUCCCAGGAGGCCUCAGGUGCGCACACACGGCUGCCCUCCUCCCAGCUCCUUUCAAUGGAUCUGGUUUUCUGUGGCGAGAUGUCUGAAAGUCUGCAGAGUGGCACAGAGUGGAGGAAGGGUGACUACUGUUUGAUGACUAAACCAAGACCUCAGGGCGUCUCAGGAGAGCUCAGCUUAGCGCUUCCUCUCUCAUGGGGGGCUGGGAUGUGGGGGAGAGGCUUUCCCACCUACCCCCCAACCCCCACCACCUAGGAAAGCCCUGAUCCUGGACGACUGCCUAUUCCUGUAACACCAUGAACUGUAAUGGGAUUUAUGUAAUGUAAUUCCACUCGGUUAUCAUUUGGCACACCUAGGCUUUAUCUCCUGGCCCUUAGUCUAUAAGCCCGUUGAGCAGAGAGCACAGACAAGCUGGCCGUUGAAGAACAGAUCAAAGAAGGUUGAAAGUCUAGUUCCAGACUCAGUUCUCAGUGUGGACUCUAAGUACAGCCACCCAGUGGGUUUCAUACCAGAAACAGAUUCCUCGCGUGGGUCGAAAGAGAAUUGUCUGGAAGCCAGAGCUGGGUACCUCGGUACAGGUUUGAGGAAACCUGCAGAUAAGAGUCUUUCAGAUGAAGCAGAGGCCGCGUUGCGAAGGUACUAGAGAGAUUUCGUAUGUGAAAGAACUGAGAAGAGCUUGGAUUAAAGGAAGCAGCAAAGAAUCCAGACUGUGUCACGGUGACAGAGACACCUUUGGCUGCAGAAAGACAAGUGGGGGCAGGGAAGAAGGGAUUGGCAUCCCCUGAAAUACAAAGUAGGCCCGUCCCCAGGCCCCGGGCAGAGCUCCUGGGCAGUGUCAUCUGGAACUUCUCGGGUCACUUCUCUGCAAAGAUCUCCAGGAUGACCCGGUGGCCUGCUCCCUGACCGUGGCGUCAGCUCAAGCGCCGCUAGUUAGGAACUGGGCACUUCCUGCCCCUGUGGGUGGACUGAGGGAUUCAGGCCUGACGGCGCCUGGGGCAGCUCGGCAUGAAGAGAACCCCACCUCUGGGGUUGCCGGAUGUAGCGAAUAAAAAUCCAAGACACCCCGCUGAAUAUGAAUUUCAAAAACACAACUUUUCAGUGCCAUCGUGCUCGUGCGUGGGGGCCGAGCAGUGCCCCAGGGAAACGACUUACACACGCACACGCGCGCGCACACACACACUCACGCACACACACACACACACACACACACCCCGAGAGGCAGAGGCGGG